AUGGACCAAGACCCCGGUUUUAUCGCUGCCGUUGAAGAGGCCAAGAAAGGUGCCGCUGAGGGUGGUGUGCCAAUUGGCGCAGCGCUGGUUUCCAAGGAUGGCCAGAUCCUUGGAAGGGGACAUAACAUGCGCGCUCAGAAUGGAAGUGCCAUUCUGCACGCCGAGAUGUCCGCUCUUGAAAACUCUGGCCGCCUGCCCGCUUCGGCCUACGAGGGGGCUACUAUGUAUACUACCCUGUCACCCUGUGACAUGUGCACCGGCGCCUGUUUACUCUACAAGGUGAAGCGGGUGAUUAUCGGCGAGAACAAGAACUUUGUUGGUGGCGAGGAUUAUCUUCACGCUCGGGGUAGGGAGGUUGUGGUGUUGGAUAAUAAGGAGUGUAAGCACUUGAUGGAGAAGUUCAUCAAGGAGAAGCCUGGGCUCUGGAAUGAGGAUAUCUCUGUUUAG